GUGUACGUAAACUGAGAAUAACAGUUUGUCAAUGUCCAUAGUGUACACUGAUCAGUAAAGCAGUCAAUAUCCAGUAUUCAAACAUGAAAUAUCAUUUCAAACAACAUUUUUAAUUAAAAUAUUAUUAAUAAUAUUAAUAUUUUAGUAUUGUUAAUACUUGAUAACUAUUCCGUCAAAACAAUUCUAGAUAUAGCAGUAAUACAAAUUUUAUAAAUAUAUAGGUAUACAGCUUAAAUCCAGAAGUUGAUACCUAAUCAUCAUGACUUCAAUGCUGUCAUUUGUGUUGGAAAACGUACCCAGUGAUUGGGAAUCAGUAAGCACUUAUAAUAGCAGUUAUUUAUUAUUUGAUGUACCAGACUUAAACAGAGAGUCCGAAAAUGUAAAAACAAUGUUUAACUCGACAUCGUUAAGUAUCAAUAGUAUUCGAAGAGUCCAAAAUCCUUUUCAGUAUGGUCGUUUCAAAUUGAGACAAGAAAUGCUGAAUUCUAAUUCAGUGGACACAGUUUUCCAUAUUGUACACGAAAGUGACCUAGACACAGCUCUGAAGCACACAUGUGACUACAGGAGGUAUACAAAUGAAUCUAGUAAUAAAAGUGAAAAUAAACAUCCACGUUUUUAUCACGAUGUCCAGAGCGCUAUUGCCAACUGGUCUGCAUCAAAGAUAAACGAAAGUUGCGUAUUGGUUGUCAAUAAAAUAUCUGGUAUCACCAAGACUCAAAGUGAUUAUUAUAUCCAAUACGUUGUUGAUAUUUAUAUAUAAACUUCACAAAAUCGACUAUAAUACUAUUUGAUUUUGUUACUCUUUACCUAUAGGUAAAACCCUUUUUAUUUUUAUUGAACUUAAAAACAUCAAACAGUUAUUUUAUAAUAAAAGUAUAUACCUACAUUUA